UCGGACUUCAGCCUAAACAAGCCGCUUUUCUCAUCGUCUCCAGGAUUCCCGAGUUUUUUCCUCCUAACUCGCGCUGCCAAGCUGGUGUUGUUUUCGUUCUCGCAACUUGUAGACGAACAUCGUCGCUUUAUUCCGAUUAUCUGAUUUUGUCAAGGGUUGCACGUAUUGGUUUCGCAUUGGGAGUGAAAUGGCGUCCGUGAAGAACACAUCGACAAGCACUGGUCCAUCUGCCCCCGGGGAGGGACAACAUUUGCCGCAAUCUACUCCUCCAUAUUUUCAUUCGAGGGAUGCACCAUGGUUUCUGGACUUCGUUGUCGACCGGGAGCUUCUCGGGCCAACUGUUUUCAUGCGGGGCCCUGCCAUUCCGGAAGUUGCGGGAGCAACCGACGUUUAUCCUCUCGAUACCAUCACCGGGUACCGCAAACAGUCUGGAGGCUUGCUCAAGCUGCAGACUAACAUCUUGUACGACCACUGCAGACUGCCUUUCAGAGGUGUUAAGGGUGUGAUAGUGUCGGUCAAGACUUUCGCUGGAUACGGCUCGAACAUGCUGCUCGGCCAUCACUUCAAAGGGCUUUACGAUGUCAAAAGCAGGCCUCUUCCACCUCCAAUGGACUAUCUCGAUCUUGCGCUGAAGGUGCCGAAAGAGCAUCCUAUUCUUCCUCGAGAUUAUGUUUUCCGGCUUCUGACAGCCCACGAGGGGUCUUUCAGUUCACCUCGGGAAACCCCUAUGAUGAAAGUGGGGCACGGGAGUGUCAUUCUCGGCACAGAGGGUCAGGGCAUGGGUCUGGCGGGUGGGAGUCAGACGCCGGUCGCCCCGGCUGCUCAUUGGAGCGCGUCUGGAUUGACUUCUCCAGAUGCAGGGUUUCACCGGGUUGCGACACCGAAAAUCCUCACGUUUGUCUACCAGGGGAAACCCUCCAAGAAAUCGAAACUGAAAUUGGCAGCUGAAGAAGGCGAUCGGCAGAAGAAAAGUCGGAGGAGGAAGAGUGGUGAGGGGGCGAGUGGUGGCGAGAGGGUGGUUGCCAAGCAGUACGAUGAAGCGCCAACAUUCUGGCUCGAAUACGAGCGAAACGACAACGGUGAUAUCGUUGAGAAGGAGACCCCGAUACAACUGCUCAUCGACCCAGGAAGUCAAAACGACGCCCAUUGGAGAAUGGCACAAGUUCCGACAACGCUCGCCGACAAGGACAAGGUUGCGGCUAUUGGGAACGCGCUGAGGCAAUGGAUGUCGCUCGUGACUGCUGCUGAUGAGGUUUUCCGCAAAGGCAUGGAGUUCUACGGCAAAUGGGUUGAAGGAAAGUUGUUGGGCAGCGACGGGAAGACGUCGUUGUCAAAGCCUGGCAAAUACAUGCCACACAAAUCUCUGGGUCUUCAAGCGAUUCCGGUGAUGGGCACGAAAGGGGCUGCUGGUGAAACGAAGAUGGGAUGGCUGGUCCGGGUCCCGCCGCCUCCAACCAAAAAGAAAAAGCAAAUGGACGACAAGUUCUUCGUCGUCGUGAAGGAGCCAGACAUGUUCUGUUGGCAGUGUCUCGCUGAUAUGACCAAUGCGGAGAAACUGUCGAUCCUCGAGGACAUUCUCGCGCUCAGAGGAGUUUUCGUGCAAUCGGCGGGUGAGCAUAUGAGACGACGGCAUAAGCCUGACAUUAAGGACAUGGUAGCAACAAGGAAAGUUGAUCGAGUGAUGCUCCGCAUGUUUCACUACAUCUUGUUCCUCGAAUUAGAGGAGGACGUGGGGGUUUGGCGCAACGGAAGCCAAUUUUUCCGGAACCAGGAGGAGCUUCUGGUGGAGUUUGCGCCGCGAGGGCUCAUGAAACAGGAGAGGGUCGAGCUGAGGAAGCAUUUCCAGGGCGCGGUGGAGUACGUGAACACGUGCAAACGGUGUCUUCCGUACGAGAAGGAGUCCCUGGAAGAGACGAAGAAAAUAUACGAUAAUGACAGAGUUGGGCAAACUGUUUUUUUCCUUGGGAAAGCGCAUGCAUCUGUCGUGUGGGAGCUGCUGCGUAGAGGUCGGAACGUCGUUGCGGUGGAGGACGAGGCGAAGAUGAUCGAUUGCCUUCACGAGUUCGUCAAGACACGAGUGCGGGACCCUCGCUGCCAUUGCUCUUUCGUCCAGAACAUUGGAGAGCGGAACUGGGAUCCCAAACGUGAUAUGUACUGGAAAUUACCGGAGAACAAAAGGAUAGAGGUUUGGGAGUUCCUUUUCCAACGUGGACCACCUGCCCAGACGAACUUGGAAUACCAUCGACGGAGAAACCUGGUGUUCGGUGUGCUGAAUGGUUACCACGGUGCACCCAGGGAGUCUGUGUCGAAUUUUUUGAAAAGGCUGGAGCACGUUUUCUUCGUGAUGGGUGAACCACUGACCCUCGAGAACUACGGGGCGCAGUCUGACGAGGAGGACCCUUUUGACGCUGAAGACAUGGAGGAGCUGGGCGACUCCGAAACCUUCGGUUCCGAGUCCAUGCCGCUUUCUCGGGUGGUGGCACAGGGUGAAGAUGAAGGUGAAGGCGGUCGUCGGAGAUACACCGUGUCCCCUUGCGGUUUGACGCGUGUGUUUGAACACGAGACAGUCGAUGACCAAUCGUCUGACGACGGGGAAGAAGACAAAGACUAUGAUUACGAGCCCGACGACAAGCUCCCGAGGGACCAUGACACCUGGAAGAACGACAGGCUUUUCUUCUAUGGGAAACACCACCGGUUCACAAUGAAGGAUGUCUGGGGCCACAACGUCGUUUGGCACCCAAGGAUAUUUCAACCUACUGUUAAGACAGGAAAGUGGGUCAUGGCAACGAAGGAACCCGAUGGCACGUGGAGGGGUCUCAGCAGACUGGGCGAGGGUCCGUUUAAGAGAAAGGCCAGAGAAGCUCUGGGGGGCAUUUGAGAGUAAUGAACCCGGAAAGGAGCCCUCAGGACGUUGCAUCGUGCGCAGCCGAAAAGCUCGACGAGCUGUAUGUGAACAAAAUGUUGGAGUUUAG